AGACACGGGGCCGAGGUCCAGGAGGGGCUGACUCGGGUGGACUCCGAGGCUUCCUCACCUGCAGACUUCCUUCCCUGAGUCCCAGCAGCUCCUGGAGGAGGAAGCAGGGAAGGGACCAGAUUAUAGAUUUGGUGUCAAAUAACGGAGUUGGAGGGGAGGCCAGAGAUGAGGAAGGAGGGUGAAACAUAAUGUUGCCCUGACAUUGCGCAAGGCUUUCGUGCCGUCUGUUAUCUUAUUUAACCCUCCCCAGAGCACUGUGAAGGUGCAGGGGGGAAGGGUGUAUGAGCAUGACACCGACAAGCACAUCGAGGUGUGGUGAGGUCAAGGUCAGUGGCAGAGAGGAUUGAGCCCUUGGAAUCAAGAUUAGAAAGCCCAAGAGUGCUCCGGGGCUCCCUCUCCCUCUCCCUCUCCCUCUCCCUCUCCCUCUCCCUUUCCCUCUCCCCUUUCCACGGUCUCCCUCUCAUGCCGAACCCUCUCCCUCUCUUUCCACGGUCUCCCUCUCAUGCCGAGCCGAGGCUGGACUGUGCUGCUGCCAUCUUGGCUCACUGCAACCUCCCUGCCUGAUUCUCCUGCCUCAGCCUGCCCAGUGCCUGCGAUUGCAGGCGCGCGCCGCCACGCCUGACUGGUUUGCGUAUUUUUUUGGUGGAGAUGGGGUUUCGCUGUGUUGGCCGGGCUGGUCUCCAGCUCCUAACCGCCAGUGAUCUGCCAGCCUAGGCCUCCCGAGGUGCCGGGAUUGCAGACGGAGUCUCCUUCACUCAGUGCUCAAUGGUGCCCAGGCUGGAGUGCAGUGGCGAGAUCUCGGCUCGCUACAACCUCCACCUCCCAGCCGCCUGCCUUGGCCUCCCAAAGUGCGGAGAUUGCAGCCUCUGCCUGGCCGCCACCCCGUCUGGGAAGUGAGGAGCGUCUCUGCCUGGCCGCCCAUCGUCUGGGACGUGAGGAGCCCCUCUGCCCGGCUGCCCAGUCUGGAAAGUGAGGAGCGUCUCUGCCCGGCCGCCAUCCCACCUAGGAAGUGAGGAGCGUCUCUGCCCGGCCACCCAUCGUCUGAGAUGUGGGGAGCGCCUCUGCCCGGCCACGACCCCGUCUGGGAUGUGAGGAGCGCCUCGGCCCGGCCACGACCCCGUCUGGGAGGUGAGGAGCACCUCUGCCCGGCCCCCCCGUCUGAGAAGACCACACUCAAGACCAGCUCUCUGCAACUGGGCUUUGGCACCCCGGUCUCCAGCUUUGAGUCCUUGGGAGAGCUGUUGAAGCCUCACCUACCCUGCUUUCCUCAUCUGCAAAAUCCACCUGGGGGCGCCCCCGGCCCGGCGCGAGAGGAGGCCAAGGGGGCGCCAGGCCGCGGGAGAGGAGGCCAUGGGCGCGCGCGGGGCGCUGCUGCUGGCGCUGCUGCUGGCUCGGACUGGACUCGGGAAGCCGGGGUCGCAGGAGGAGGAGUUGUUGUCAGGUAGGGCGCCCAGGACGCGCGAUGCCAGCCAGGGCGGCUGGGCCGGGGUGCACGGGGGCCCAUCUACUGCUGUUCCAGGUCCCGAGAACGUGAUGCUCUCAAAGGCCUGCGGCCACCGGGAAAUUCACUCGCUGGUGGCGGGCGGAGUGGAGUCCGCGCGCGGGCGCUGGCCAUGGCAGGCCAGCCUGCGCCUGAGGAGACGCCACCGAUGUGGAGGGAGCCUGCUCAGCCGCCGCUGGGUGCUCUCGGCUGCGCACUGCUUCCAAAAGCACUACUAUCCCUCCGAGUGGACGGUCCAGCUGGGCGAGCUGACUUCCAGGCCAACUCCUUGGAACCUGCGGGCCUACAGCAGUCGUUACAAAGUGCAGGACAUCAUUGUGAACCCUGACGCACUUGGGGUUCUACGCAAUGACAUUGCGCUGCUGAGACUGGCCUCUUCUGUCACCUACAAUGCGUACAUCCAGCCCAUUUGCAUCGAGUCUUCCACCUUCACCUUCGUGCACCGGCCGGACUGCUGGGUGACCGGCUGGGGGUUAAUCAGCCCCAGUGGCACACCUCUGCCACCUCCUUACAACCUCCGGGAAGCACAGGUCACCAUCUUAAACAACACCAGGUGUAAUUACCUAUUUGAACAGCCCUCUAGCCAUAGUAUGAUCCGGGAUUCCAUGUUUUGUGCUGGUGCUGAGGAUGGCAGUGUAGACACCUGCAAAGGUGACUCAGGUGGACCCUUGGUCUGUGACAAGGAUGGACUGUGGUAUCAGGUUGGAAUCGUGAGCUGGGGAAUGGACUGCGGUCAACCCAAUCGGCCUGGUGUCUACACCAACAUCAGUGUGUACUUCCACUGGAUCCGGAGGGUGAUGUCCCACAGUACACCCAGGCCAAACCCCUCCCAGCUGUUGCUGCUCCUUGCCCUGCUGUGGGCUCCCUGACUCCUGCAGCCAUUCUGAGUGCACCAGAAACUGUGAGGCUGCAGUGGGGACCACAGUAUUGGCUCACCUCCUCUGGGCUGUGGGCGCUUCAGGGACAGGGUUGGGACUGCCUGCUGGAUCAGAUUCCAGCCCCUUUUGUCUUGUUUGCUAAUAAAUACGUGUGCAUGUUCAAGCUGA